GGAAUUUUAUAUUAAAAGAAGUUGUUGAAACUUAAAUAUUUUUAUUAAUUGCAAGAAAAUGAAGGAAGAAGAUGUUAGUUCUGCUGAACUUACUGACGAUGAAGAAAAUGAAGUAUUGAUAUUUCAUAUAAUGAUAACCGAGCCUUUAACAAAACUAAAAAGAUUAGUUGAACAACAUAUGGGAAAGAAGUUAAAAGGUUUCGAGUUUUGGUUGCAGGAUUCUCAACAACUUGAUCAAAAUAACAGUUUGACUGAUCAGUGUUUAUCAUGCGAUACAGGUUUAGUUCAAAUCAAUCUUCAAAUUCAAUAUCAACAAAAGCGAAUUAACAUCCUCGACGUGCUUAAACCCACUGAAGAAGAAAUUGUGAGAUAUUACAAAAACCAAACUAAUGAAAUUCCCAAUGAGAAUGGUUCACCAGAUAAUAAAUCAGUAAGAUUUGCAUUAAAAAGUGAAGGUCCAAGAGUCAAUGACGAAUUUGAGGAUAGAGAAGAAAUUAACAGCUCGAAGAGAAAUCAAAAACCAAUCAUGCAUAUAGGAUCUGAUAACAGAAAUGGCAAUAACGGACAGAUCCAAUUAUGGCAAUUUCUACUUGAAAUCCUCACUGAUCGUGAGUACACAAAUGUCAUCGAAUGGUGUGGCGAAUCUGGGGAAUUUAAAUUGAAUGAUCCAGAACUAUGUGCUAGUCUCUGGGGACAACGAAAAAAUAAGCCUGCGAUGAAUUAUGAAAAGCUUUCGAGAGCUUUAAGGUAUUACUAUGAUGGUGAUAUGAUAAGCAAAGUACAGGGGAAACGAUUUGUCUACAAAUUUGUUUGUAAUUUAAAAGAAUUAAUUGGCUACGAUGCUGCAGAAUUAUCUCGUCUUGUUAAAGAAGCAAGUGCUACAAAAUCACUUUGAAUCUUCAUCAUCUUCCACUACAACAUCAUCUUUGAAUCCAUAAAAUUCAACAUCUGCAUCGAUCCUUAGAUACGAAUUUAUUUCCACUGUAACUUUGUUUGUCCCAAUAUUUCCAUCACUAAUCAAUACCCAAAACUUGUCAUCGUCUUUCUCUUCCUUUAUCAGCUCGGCAUUCGUUACCAUUGAAUUGUAAUUUAAGACUUUCACUAGCAUAACCGUGUAUCCUUCCUCUCCCUUCAAUUAAUAUUUAAUGUUGAACUUUAAAUAAAUAUUUUUCUUU